AUGGAGUUUGCAGACGGCCUGCAGCACAAGUGCUUCAGGGUAGAAGGAAUUCAGAAUAGGACGUCAUGCUUGGACCUGGUUGCUGUGUCUGCGCAGGACAGAUGCCAACAGACGCGCGAGUGUAAUGGAGGGGGCGAGCGGGGGAGUAUGGGGCGUAUUGUUUCUAGGACUGCUGAUGAGGAUGACCCGGGAGGGACGGAGAUAGACGCUUUAAAUCGCGCUGUGCCGCCGAUAGCGACGGACGGUGGGGUUGUCGAUGAAGGGGAUGCUGGAGAGAGUGAAGAGGGUGGAAAGGGUGGUGAGAAGACGAGCUGCUUCUUGCCUGUGCUUCCGAUGCAGCAACAGCUGGUGGACAUUGAAGUGCGGGGCGUACGAAACGGUGAGCAAGUGAUAUUUUUCUACGAAGGGUAUCCGCAAGUGCUUGGGCAGUCGGUGACGGUGUCUAGCUACGUCCCCCGGCUAUGGCGUUACUUGCCGGUCGGGGUAGUGGCGCUGGUGGCGCGACUGGACAUCCCAAACGUGCUUGAGCGGCUGCUACAAUACUUUUCGAGCAUCUCGCUGGGGCUGGCGAUUCUCAACAUGGCACCUGUGUUUUAUCUGGACGGGGAGAUGUCGAGCGUACUGUUUGCGAGGUUAUUUAUGCCCAAGAUGGAGACGGCGACUGCAAUGAAGGUGCGGUCGGGAGUGGUGGGUGCGGGUACGAUGCUGCUCGCGUUGAACAUGGCGAUAGCGCUACUGGAGAUAGACCCAGAGGUGGGGUCCGGGUUUUUCGGAUGA